AAAACAACUAAUCGUCACCGCCUUUGUAUUUAAAAAGAAAGAACCACCCAAUAAUGUUGUAUAAUCGAAUUUUCGAGUUGAAUACCACAAAAACCGAUUGGGCUUUGAGGUUGAGGUUGGUGCGAUGCUAUGCUCAUCCAAAUUUCAACAACAAGCACGAUCAAAGUGUUCCAAAUACACUGGAAUGCAUCUUUCAUGAUUCAGAGGGUGAUCGUAUCCAUGCAACCAUUCGCAAGGAGCGCAUAGCAGCGUUUAAAGAUAAACUCAAAGAGGGGGAUUUGUACAGUGUUAGGAAUUUCGUUGUUGCACCUAACACAAUGAAAUACAAAACCACCACAAACAGGUUUAAGAUAAUGUUCAAUUUCAAGACAACUGUGGUGAAUUUUCCUGACGACGAUUUCCCAAAGGCCAUGUAUGCUUUUAGGCCGUUUUACGAGAUGGGGAUCCCUGAUCAAGUUGAUCUCAGGCAACUGUUUGAUGUCAUUGGUAGUAUUGUUUCCAUUCAUCUACCAGAGCCUCAACAGUCUAAUGGUGAAACUCAAAAGUUGAUAGAAGUUGUUUUGGAAGACCCUGAUCAAAGGCGAGUGAAGUGCACAUUGUGGGGAAACUUUGUGGAUGCAAUCCUAGAAGGCUACAAAAAGUAUCCAAAUUUUAUGUUAGCUGCAGUUCUGUUUUGUAAACCAAAGAUAUACAAAGGUGAAGUGUCAGUUUCAAGUUCUUACUUUGCUUCAAAACUCAUAAUCAAUGGGAAACAAAGGGAACUAGCAGAAUACAGAAACAGGUAUGAUGUCCAUGGAGAUGAUGGUUUUAAUGGGACACCAAUUGUGUUUACUACUUAUGAAACUGAAGGAACAUCCAGUAACACAAAAGAUUUUGUCACCAUAGAUUCACUGUUUACAAAGGAUUUGGUAGGACGCUUCUGGAUAUCUGGGGAUAUUAUUGACAUCGAGACAGGAGAGCACUGGUACUACUUAGCUUGCAAGGAUUGUGCAAGGAAAGUUAUACCAAGAUGUGGAAGAUAUGAUUGUCCCAGCCCAGGUUGUAAACAAAAUGACAAUGCAACAAUCAGAUACAAAGUUAAGGUCAGGAUAAUGGAUCAUUCUGGAAAUGCUGCUUUUUUGCUAUGGGAUAAUGCUUGCUUUGACCUAUUUGGAAGAAAGGCAGCCGACAUGUUGAACGACGUGAAUGAAUCUGAUAGUGGCACACCGGCAGAGUUGUUUAACCUACUAGACAUGAAAGUUCAGUGUUUGGUUCAGGUCCAAAACGAUGGACCAAAAAGGGAAGACAUUUCCUUCAGUGUUUUGAAGCUUAAAAAGGUUGACGUUGACUUAGACCACAAAGGGGAGUCAUCGGGAACUAAGAACACAGAAAUUGUUAAUGAAAUUCCAAUGGAGGAGGUCCAAAUAUUGGGAAAAAAUGCACAACAACCCUGUGAGACUGAAACAGAGGCUCAAGCAACUCCUAACAUUUCAGACAAGAAAAGGGGGAAAAGGACAGCCACUGUUGAUGAUGGAAAUGCUUUUGGAAUACGCAAGAGGCCCAUCGGAGGCAUCAAAAUCAAGACUGAGAAGUGAAGAUCACCUAUUUUAUAGCAACACGCUAACGUGUUUUAUUAGUAUUGUUGUUUAGUUGUUAUAAAUAAAUGUCUCUAUAUGACAUUGUGAAGUUUCUGUAUUGUGUCAAGUACAUUAUGGUACCCAGAAUGCUUACAUUUGGUACUCUCCCCGUUUAAUUUUCAUGUAAUCAUUGUAAUAAAUUUGACAAGUAUGAUUCAAAUAGAAUAAUAUUUUAGUGAUUGACAUUUAGUCAUUUCAUUUGCCAUUACUUUGAUAUACAUACUAAUGACUAACCUAAACAAUAUUCAUAAAGUAUGCAAACAACUAAGCUGUA